AUGAAGCCGGCGCGGCUGCUGCUGCUGCUGAGCGGGUGCGCGCUGCUGCUGGCGCCGGCCGUGCGCGGCUGCGGGCCGGGCAGGGUGGUGGGCAGCCGCCGCCGCCCGCCCCGCAAGCUCAUCCCACUCGCCUACAAGCAGUUCAGCCCCAACGUCCCCGAGAAGACGCUGGGGGCUAGCGGCCGCUACGAGGGCAAGAUCGCGCGUAACUCGGAGCGCUUCAAGGAGCUGACGCCCAACUACAACCCCGACAUCAUCUUCAAGGACGAGGAGAACACUGGCGCCGACCGGCUCAUGACCCAGCGCUGCAAGGACCGCCUGAACUCGCUGGCCAUUUCUGUCAUGAAUCAGUGGCCAGGGGUGAAGCUGAGAGUGACGGAGGGCUGGGAUGAGGACGGGCACCACUCGGAAGAGUCGCUGCAUUACGAGGGCCGAGCUGUGGACAUCACAACCUCGGACAGGGACCGCAACAAGUACGGCAUGCUGGCUCGCCUGGCCGUGGAGGCUGGCUUCGACUGGGUCUACUACGAGUCCAAGGCACACAUCCACUGCUCUGUCAAGUCAGAGCACUCAGCCGCUGCGAAGACGGGGGGCUGCUUUCCCGGGCGGGCCCUGGCAACGCUGGAGGAUGGUGCCCAGACGCCUCUGUGGGCACUGCGCCCGGGCCAGCGAGUGCUGGCAAUGGACGGGGCAGGCAGGCCCACCUACAGUGACUUCUUGGCUUUCCUGGACAAACAGCCCCGUGCCCUCACCACCUUCCACGUCAUCGAGACCCAGGAGCCGCCGCGGCGCCUGGUGCUGACGCCCACCCAUCUGCUCUUUGUGGCAGAGAACGCCUCGGCGCCCACCGCCCGCUUCCGUCCCAUCUUUGCCAGCCUGGUGCAGCCGGGACACUUCGUGCUGGUGGUGGCCGCGGGGGGCAGCCUGCAGCCCGCUGAAGUGGUGCGGGUGUGGCACCGCAGGGACGUGGGAGCCUACGCCCCGCUGACACGCCACGGGACGCUGGUGGUGGAUGGCGUGGUGGCCUCGUGCUUCGCUCUGGUGCAGGAGCAGCAGCUGGCACAGCUGGCCUUCUGGCCACUCCGGCUCUACCACAGCCUGCUGGGGUGGCCAGGGGUGCAGGGGGAUGGUGUGCACUGGUACUCAGGGCUGCUCUACCGCCUGGGCAGGCUGCUCCUGCCCCCUGACAGCUUCCACCCACUGGGGAUAUCCCAGGCAGAAAGCUGA